AUGGGACGCUUAAUGAAAUGCCUCUUGUUUGCUCUUAACCUGAGAGGGAACAGAGACCAACAGCAUUCUCACUGCCUGGCCCAACUAUCUAAGUUGAUCAUCUCAGCAGUGAAUAUAAAUUCAAUUGGCUCUUGUCAUCAAGUAUACCUCUCCUUUGUGAUAGCAUUGUGGACCAAUUUUGACCACGGCAAUCUUAUGAUAGAGGUAGAUAAAGGUGUGGGUGCUGAAGCAUCCGGCCCAGAUCAGCUGACUGGACAGCUGACGAGAACAGGUGUGGGUGUUGAAGCAUCCGGCCCAGAUCAGCUGACUGGACAGCUGACGAGAACAGCCUGGGUCCUCGGUCUCUUCAUCUGCAAGGCCGUCACCUACCUCCAGGGGGUCAGCGUCUCGGCCUCUAUCAACACCCUCGUGGCCAUUUCAGUGGACCGUGCCCUUGCUAUCUGCUACCCUAUGAAGUGUCAGAUCACCUCCCGCACCUGCCGUAGUAUCAUCGUCGUCAUCUGGGCGUUUUCACUGACCAUCACGCUGCCUUGGGCCAUCUUCUUCACGCUACACCCCAUCCCAGAUACAGAUAUCAUGGUUUGCACAGAGAAUUGGCCAGACAAACAAAGCGAGGGACUGUACUUUGUGCUGGCCAACCUUGUUAUGUGCUAUCUGCUUCCUCUCACUGUCAUUUCCAUCUGCUACAUUCUUAUUUGGAUGAAGGUGUGGCGUCGGAAGCUGCCCGGAGAGAGGCAGGAUGUGGGCGUGGCUAUGAUGAUGCAAAGGUGCAAGAUAAAAGUCAUCAAGAUGCUUCUGGUGGUCGUCAUCCUCUUUGCACUCUCUUGGCUCCCGCUUUACGUCAUCUUUGCCCGUCUUAAGCUGGGAUCAGAACCGUCGUUAACAGAGGAGCGAAUCAUUCACGUUCUGGCGCCGUUCGCUCAGUGGCUCGGAGCUUCGAACUCGUGCAUCAACCCAAUGCUGUACGCUUUCUUCAACGACAAGUUCCGAGCUGGCUUCAAGGCCAUUCUGGUGUCCCGUGCCUGUUGCUCUCCGCUACGCCUCGACACGCACUGCAAGAGCUUCACGUCCUCGAAGGCCCAGCAGAACCUGUGCUCCACCGAGUCGAAGGCCACGUCGGAAUUUUCUCUCUAUUCCAGCUCCUCGGGAUCGGGAGAACCUCGCCGGAAGUCUAUCAUGGUGCAGGUAAAAAUCACUGAGAAUGUUCUUUCAAAGGUUAAAAAGUAUGGGAUACAUUUUGAAGUAAACUCCCAAGCGACAGCUGUUGAGAGCUGGACGCGGGGAAUGUUUCAACAUGCACAUAGAAGGGUGCAGGUGAAGCCUUUGUACAAUAAUUGUAACCCAGAUUAUAUCACGUUACAUCGUUUGACCUCAAGGGAGAGUUGGUAG